UCGGACACCCUGAAAGCAACAAGCUUGACUGGACCGGACAAAACGCCCACUGCUGCAGUGGCGUACACUCUGAAUAGACGGAUAUCAGGGAAACGAGGUCCGUUUUUUUCCGCGCUAAACGUUGGUCUGAUCUGAACUGAAGGCAGGAAGAUGUCAGCGGGUUACAAAGAUGACCAGAACGAUUGGCUGACGGUGUGCCUCAAGUACCUGCUCUUUGUUUUCAACUUUCUCUUCUGGAUGGGCGGAGCUGCUGUUUUGGGCGUGGGAGUCUGGACGCUGGUGGCUAAGAGCGACUACUUGAGCCUGCUGGCCUCCAGCACUUUUGCUGUGUCAGCAUACAUCCUCAUCCUGGCUGGCAGCCUAGUGGUAGUUACAGGCUUUUUGGGCUGUUGUGCAGUCAUCCGGGAGCAGAGAAGCUGCCUAUCCACGUAUUUCAUCUUCCUCCUGCUGAUCUUCUUGAUUGAACUUGUGGCUGGAGUACUAGCUUAUGUAUACUACCAGAGGCUGAGUGAGGAGCUGAAGCAGCAUCUCAACUACACUAUGACAGAGAACUACGCUCAGCCAGGGAAGGAGGCAAUCACAUUAGCUGUUGACAGUCUACAACAGGAUUUCAAAUGCUGCGGCAGCAACAACUCCCAUGAUUGGACUCUGAGCAGGUACAUUGUGUCAGGGCAAGCAGAAGACAGGGUAGUACCUGACAGCUGCUGUAAGACCAUCACACCUCACUGUGGCAAGAGAGACCACCCCUCCAACAUCUACAAAGUGGAGGGUGGCUGCAUCACUAAGCUGGAAAAGUUCCUGGCAGAUCACCUGUUGGUUAUCGGUGCAGUGGGGAUAGGUGUAGCCUGUCUGCAGAUCUGUGGAAUGGUGUUCACCUGCUGCUUGUACAGAAAGAUCAAGAUGGACCCUUACUGAGCACAACACGGCCCCUGCACACCACCUUCAACAGAUGGAGCAUGACUUGCUGACAUCUAACCAACCUCUAAAUCCCUGCAUUGUGACCUGACGAUCCAAGCCUUGCAUACAUAUAACUUUUGGACACACCUUCUAAUUCAGUGUUUAUUAUUUAAAAAUUGUCAGCAUUGUAGAUUAUUAUUAGAUACAAAGUAUGAAGAAAUACAUAUGGAAUUAUUUAGUAAACAAAAAAGGUUACUAAAUAUGUUUUGUAUUUUAGAUUCUACAAAGUAGGGCACCUCUUGUUUAGAUGACAGCUUUGCACGUCUUGGCAUUUUCUCAGGUAGUCACCUGGAAUGGCUUUCAGUUAGCAGCUGUGCCUUUUCAAGAGUUAAUUUCUUGAAUUUGUGUUUGAGACCAUCAGUUGUGUUGU